CUGGACUACCUGCUGGAGAUGCUCUGGGAGUACCUGGCCCUGACCUGCAUCUACACCAAGAAGAGAGGCCAGAGGCCAGACUUCACGGACGCCAUCAUCCUGCGGAAGGGGGCCUCCGUGGAGCACGUGUGCCACCGCAUCCACCGGUCGCUCGCCAGCCAGUUCAAGUACGCCCUUGUGUGGGGCACGAGCACCAAGUACAGCCCGCAGCGCGUGGGCCUCUCCCACACCGUGGAGCACGAGGACGUCAUCCAGAUUGUGAAGAAGUAGCCGCACCUGCUGGGCCCACCCUGCUCGGCCCCAUCUCCCUGGGGAGUCAGGCCCGCUGGACGCACAAAAGCCCAGACAGCCACACCCCGGGAAGGGGCCCCUUGGGUCUCCGCUGUUUCCAGAAGCUUCUUCAGUAGGCAGAUGGUGAAAGUGUUAGGGCAGAGGGGCGAGGCUGGCGGCCCUGGGCUCCCUGGCAGCGUUUCCCAUGAGACUGGUCCUUCUUGGGGGUGUCCUGAGUUGAGCCCUGGGCCUGCGUCUUCAGGCUGCAAGGGAGUGAGUUGCCGGCCUACCUCCCAGCCAGGGCCCAGAGCCGACGGCAGGCUCAGUGCAGGGUGGGGAGUUGGGCCCGUCUGGGUCGCUGAAGGUGGUGGGGACUGUUAGGGCACAUUGUUCCCGCAGCUUCCACCAGCUUCCCUGGCCCUUGGGAAGAGCCCGCCCCCCCUGCCCGGCCUGUCCCUGCACCGCCCAAGUGGGGUCCUCAAGUGCCUCCCUCUGCCCCUCGCAGGGCGGCUCUGCCCAGCCCACACCCCCAGGAUCCUGGCCCGGCCCAACCAGGGGGGAUCACUUCUGAGUUUGGGUCUUGUAUUUUCUUUAGGCGCCCUGACCUCUCAGCUCUCCUUUCUGAAAUAAAAGAUC